AUGGGGAAGUCUGGGGGUAGGAAAAAGAAGAGUGGUUUUAACCAAAACCAAUCAUCUGGAGGAGAUAACUCAGAUAAGGACCCCGCAUCUACUAUUAAUGGUGGUGUUGAAUUGGAUUCAUCUAUUUUAUUGAAAAGAGCCCACGAGCUCAAAGAAGAGGGGAACAGAAGGUUUCAGGCCAAAGACUAUGUUGGCGCUCUUCAGCAGUACGAUAAUGCACUUAAACUUACUCCGAAAAAGCACCCUGAUCGUUCUGUGUUUCAUAGCAACAGGGCAGCUUGUUUGAUGCAAAUGAAGCCUAUAGACUAUGAGACUGUGAUUUCUGAGUGUACUAUGGCUCUUCAAGUGCAGCCACAGUUUAUCCGGGCCCUUAUAAGGAGGGCCCGUGCAUUUGAGGCUAUAGGGAAGUAUGAAAUGGCCAUGCAAGAUGUGCAGGCACUGUUGAUCACUGAUCCAAAUCACCUAGAUGUCCUGGAGAUUGCUGGGCGAUUGAGGAUGGCACUAGGUCCUUGGCAAGAGGCACAGCAGGACCUCCAGAGCCGUCCCUCUCCAGCUGCUCUGGGGGCCUCUGCUGUUCGUGGGGCGCCAAUUGCUGGCCUUGGACCAUGUUUGCCAGCUCGACCUGUACCUAAGAAGCCCGCAUCUUCAGCAGUGGGAUCAACCAUCCCUGCUAAUAUUAAGUCAGAAAAGCUUUAUCCAAUUCCACACAUAGAAAAUGGUCCUGAGACCAAAACUCAAAUGCCGGGAGUUGUCUUGAAGCCGUCAGAUGGUGCUUCGAAACCCCAUUCAAAUGCUAAUAAAAAUAGCAAAAAGGAACAGUCAAUUUCUACAUUGUCAUCAUUUCCCAUUCGUGGUAAAUCUGCGGAGACUGUUACUCGAUGGAGGCCACUGAAGCUUGUUUAUGAUCAUGAUAUAAGACUUGCCCAGAUGCCAGUGAAUUGCAGUUUAAGAGUGUUGAGGGAUGUUGUUAGCGACCGUUUUCCAAUGUCAAAAUCUGUGUUGAUCAAGUACAAGGACAACGAUGGUGACUUAGUCACUGUAACAUGUACAGCUGAACUUAGGAUGGCAGAGUCCUCAGUCGACAAGCUUUUUCCAAAAGAUCCUGACAAUGAUAAAAGAGACUCCAUUUGUAUGUUGAGAUUAAAUGUUGUUGAGGUGAGUCCUGAGCAAGAGCCGCCUUUAUUGGAGGAGGAUGAAGAGAAGCCUCUUGAGAGUGACAGGACUAAAGGAGAUGAGAGUGUUUCACAAUCUUCACUAGGUGAUUCUGUGCUGGAUACUGUAGACAGUGUUACUGAUAAGGUGGAGAAAAUAGCUUCAAAGGAGAAAUCUGGCACAUCAGACUAUCCUGAAUGCAAGGAGGUGGAGAUGGAUGAUUGGUUAUUUGAAUUUGCACAGCUUUUCCGUACUCACGUCGGGAUUGAUUCUGAUGCUCAUAUUGAUCUGCAUGAGCUUGGAAUGGAACUAUGUUCUGCAGCCCUUGAGGAAACCGUGACAAGCGAAGAAGCCCAAAUAUUUUUGGACAAGGCAGCCCUGAAGUUUCAGGAGGUUGCUGCUCUGGCUUUUUUCAACUGGGGAAAUGUCCAUAUGUGUGCAGCAAGGAAACAGAUUCCCGUAGAUGAAAUAGCUUCAAAGGCAUUAAUUGCCACACAGCUUCUAACUGCCUACGACUGGGUCAGAGAAAAAUAUUCUCUUGCUCGGGAGAAGUAUGAGAAGGCCCUCUGGAUGAAACCAGAUUUUUACGAAGGAUUGUUGGCACUGGGACAGCAGCAAUUUGAAAUGGCAAAACUCAAUUGGUACUUUGUGUUAGCAAAGAAAGAAGACUUGUCUAAAUGGGAUCCUACUGAGACAAUUAAACUUUUUGACAGUGCAGAAGAAAAAAUGAAAGCUGCUACUGAAAUGUGGGAGAAGCUGGAGGAGCAGAGAUCUAACGAGUUAAAAGAUCCAGGUGCAAGCAAGAAGGAUGAAUUGUUGAAGAGAAAGAAGUUGGGAAGUGGUGCAGAAAGCGAUUUAGUGGAAAUUUCAGCUGAGGAAACAGCUGAGCAAGCUGCAGCAAUGAGAUCUCAAAUCCAUCUAUUCAGGGGUAACAUGCUCUUUGAGAGAUCCCAACUUGAAAGUAAAUUGGGCUUGCCUGGUUGGAAGGAAAAUCUGGAUUCAGCCGUGGAACGAUUCAAAUGCGCUGGAGCCUCAGAAGCUGACAUUUUGACAGUUCUGAAAAAUCAUUUUUCUAAUGAACAGCCUGUUGAGGAGAAGGAUAAUAAGGACAAGGAUCUGAAUGCUGUUGUGACUCGUAAAGAAGAUUGCAAAAAUGCUGUCUCUGAAGUUUCAGGGGAAUAG